GUCCGGCCUCUCGAGUAGCCGGGGCACCGAGUCCCGCCCGCGGAGGGUCCAGGAGCUGCUGGACCGGGUCGGGACUGCAGGGACGCACUGAAGAUCCAGCAGUUGCAGCAGCAGAUCCGCCUGGAGCGCGAGGCCCGCGCGCGCCCCUCGCCGCCCGCGUCCCCGGAGCCGGCGCGCCCGGAGCCCAUGAGCGCGCUCGCCGCCCGGCCCGCGCGCGCCAUGCAGGCCUCCGGCUCGUUCAGCUAUGCGCGCCCCAAGCAGUUCAUCGCGGCGCAGAGCCUGAGCCCCGGCUCCCCUGCAUCCCCAACGCCCCCCGCCGGACGCGCGCCGCCUCCCGAGCCCGAGGCGCCAUGGAGCGCGCUCCCGCCGCCACCUCCGCCGCUGAGCCCCACCGCGGUAGCCCCAGGGCCCGACGUGUUCCCGCCGCCGCCGCCACCGCCUCCGCCCGGCCCGGGCCCCACGCCCCGCGCCGCCCGGUCGGGCCCGGGCCCGGCGCCCGCAGCGUUGCUCUGUGCCCUGCUGCCCUCACCGCCCGCCGCCGCCACCGUCCCGACCACAGUCUCGGCGCUCGGCCUGCCACGUGCCGCCCCCGCCGCGGCAUUUCCCAAGAAGGCAAGCAGGACCACCAGGAUGGCCUCCGACGAGGAGAUCCAGGGCUCCAAGGACGCCGUCAUCCAGGACUUAGAACGGAAGCUGCGCUUUAAGGAGGACCUGCUUAACAAUGGGCAGCCGAGGCUGACCUACGAGGAGCGGAUGGCACGGCGGCUGCUGGGUGCUGAUAGCGCCACUGUCCUCAGUGCACAGGAGCCGGAGGAGGGGCCGGCCAGCCAGGGCCCUGGGUCUCCUCAUGCUUCUGUGGGGGAUCCUCUGGAUGGUCAAAAGGAGUACAAGGUCUCCAGCUGUGAACAGAGACUCAUCAGCGAGAUCGAGUACAGGCUGGAAAGGUCCCCUGUGGAUGAAUCAGGGGAUGAAGUCCCCUGGGGGGACGUGUCUGUGGAGAGCAGCGCGGCUCCGUUCUUCGAGGUGAAGCUGAAGCAUUACAAGGUCUUUGAGGGGAUGCCGGUGACUUUCAUGUGCAGAGUGACUGGGAGUCCAAAGCCGAAGAUCUACUGGUUUAAAGAUGGAAAGCAGGUCUCUCCCAGGAACAAUCACUACAUCAUCCAGAGCGACCCCGAUGGGACCUGCUCUCUGCACAUGGCGGCCUCCACCUUGGAUGACGACGGGAACUACACGAUCAUGGCCUCGAACCCUCAGGGCCGCAGCAGCUGCACGGGACGGCUGAUGGUGCAGGCGGUGAACCAGAGGGGCCGCAGCCCCCGCUCGCCCGCAGGCCACCCUCACGGCAGAAGGCCUCGUUCCAGAUCCAGGGACAGUGCGGAUGAAAGUGAACCCAUUCAAGAGCGAUUCUUCAGACCUCACUUCCUGCAGGCACCUGGGGACUUGACCGUCCAGGAGGGAAAACUCUGCCGGAUGGACUGCAAGGUCAGUGGGCUGCCGACCCCAGAUCUCAGCUGGCAGUUGGAUGGAAAGCCCAUCCGCCCGGACAGUGCCCACAAGAUGCUGGUGCGUGAGAACGGGGUGCACUCGCUGAUCAUUGAGCCCGUCUCGGCCCGGGACGCUGGCAUCUACACCUGCGUGGCCACCAACCGGGCAGGACAGAACUCCUUCAGCCUGGAGCUUGUGGUUGCAGCUAAGGAGGCACACAAGCCCCCCGUGUUUCUGGAGAAGCUGCAGAACACGGGUGUGGCCGACGGGUACCCGGUGCGCCUGGAGUGCCGGGUGGCGGGGGCACCGCCACCGCAGAUCUUCUGGAAGAAAGAAAACGAAUCGCUCACUCACAGCACCGACCGAGUGAGCAUGCACCAGGACAGCCACGGCUACGUGUGUCUGCUCAUCCAGGGAGCCAGCAAGGACGACGCCGGCUGGUACACGGUGUCGGCCAAGAACGAGGCGGGGAUCGUGUCCUGCACAGCCCGGCUGGACGUGUACACCCAGUGGCAGCAGCCACCGCCAAGUACGAAGCCGAAGCGGGUGCGGCCCUCGGCCAGCCGCUACGCCGCGCUCUCGGACCAGGGCCUGGACAUCAGAGCCGCCUUCCAGCCCGAAGCCAGCCCAUCCCACCUGACGCUGAGCCCGGGCCUGGUGGAGAGUGAGGACCUGUAACCCCGUUUCUCACCAGAGCCGAGACACUGCACCAGCCGUGGCCUUGACCAGCGUUCUCCUCCGUCCUAUUACGGGAAAGGCAGAAACGCACCUUUGACUCUUAAGACAUAAAACAACACCCGAAUCCCACUUUUCUUCCCGGUAAACCAAUCAAAGAGGUGGCGCAGGCGGCACAGAGGCAGUGCACUCUUGCACAGAGAACUCACACUGAGCAGCCAGGUGUAAACUUUGGGGAUUGCUGUGAUUACAGGGUCUGAGAUGCCAGAGUGCUGAAGGAACACAGGUCACCACAGCUGCCUGGUCACAAGUGCCUUCACCACUCGCGCAGGUGCUGCCGGCAGAGCGGGUGCUCCCACGUGGGAUGGGAGGCGGGGAGGGCGCCACCCAGAAUUCCAAGCAGACGCCUCAUCUUUACAAAUCAUUGUCUACUAAGUCGGACGGAAGCACCCACCUGCCUUCAAGUUUUAUUCACGUCGAGAGUUUUCUAACAAGGUUAACAUCUUAGUUCCUAACCUUUUUUUUCUUUGUGUGUAGUAGUUGCUUUUUCUGUUACCUUGGUAGGAAGCUUACUGACAAACCAUAUUCUAGUACAAAUACACCUACAAAGUACUCCGUACAGAGCAGAACUAAAUCACAGUCCAUUCCACAAAGCGCAUCCAAACCACCCAAGUGACCAAGGUGAGUAGCGUGCAGAGGAAAGGGGUUUGGAAGGAGCAGAGAGGAGGGGAGGGAAAUGCAACCGGCACUGAGACUGUGCUCGCUGAGAUGAAAGCAGGACAGCAGGAGGUGGUAAAGGCCAGGCUUUUCUUCGGUUUUCUUCAAAACUCAUCAAAGCACAGGUGAGCCGCCACUGCCGGUCCCCAAUCAGGGAACCAAGGGUCAGCCAGGAAGAAGCUUGUGCUCCGGACGCUGCAGCGUCUGAGCUGGGGCUGUCGCUGGAGGUUUUAGGUGCGAAGCGCAAGUUGAACAUAAGGCUGAGCUGUGAGGUUGUCACGGAUCAGAAACAGCGGGUGGGCUCUGGUCUGCUUGGGGCGAAUGUAGACUUAGGGAGACAGAAGCAGGUUGGUGUCAAGGUACAGGGGGAAAGCUGGUUCACUUCCCUGCUGCCAUGAGACCUUUGCCUUAAGGUGCUGGGUUCCAAGGACUUGGUGCAGGCAUCUCGGCCAAGACUGCUUUUCGAUGCCUGUGGUUCUUCGUCAGCCACAUGGAGUGGAUUCUGACCAGACUUGAGGGUUUUUAAGUCGGAACCAAGAAACUUAAAAAGGGGAAAAAGCAAUUUGGCCUGCUAUUCUAAAACAUGAGUCUUUAAUGGUACUUUGCUACGAAGCGAACACACUGUAUUCCUUACGCAAAACACAUAAUCUUCCAUUAUUUAUAAUGAAAAUGUUGAACUCUCUUAGCUCAGUUACUCAGUUCGAUACGUAGUAUUUUUAAUGCUUUUGUAUCUGUGUGCCACCCUGUGUAUUCUAUAUGACUACUUGUAUGAGCACCAACCAACCACGCCUUAGCUGACAGGCUUGAGCUCCGGUGCCCCAGGCUCCACAGGGGCCCAGGUUCUCCAACCACACCUGCGUGCAUUGCUUCCGUGAGGUUUUGGACACGUGCCAACUCUUUCCUGGACCUUUCUCUAUUGUAGAAUUUAUCUUACUUGCCAAAUUUUUCUGAAUGUGACUUUUUGCUAAUUUGCUGGUUUUGGGAUUAAGUAGCAUCAUUUUGCCACCUUUCAUGUUAUAUUUAUAAAAAAAAGUAUUAUCUUACUACUUUGGAUUGUUGUGCUGGUGUAAUGUGGAUUUAACAUCAAUAAAUAUUUAACAGAAUAGUG